AUGUCCUUGAACAGGCGUUUUAAAGAAUCAAGUGCUGCAGAAGAUGUCAAUGUUACUUUUGAAGAUCAACAGAAAAUUAACAAGUUUGCAAGAAAUACUAGCAGGAUCACAGAGCUGAAAGAAGAAAUAGAAGUGAGAAAGAAACAGCUUCAAAAUUUGGAAGAUGCUUGUGAUGACAUCAUGAUGCUUGACGAUGGUGAGUCACUUCUGAUACCCUACCAAAUUGGAGAUGUCUUCAUUAGUCAUUCCCAAGAAGAGACACAAGAGAUGCUGGAGGAGGCAAAGAAAAGUUUACAAGAAGAAAUUGAAGCAUUAGAAUCCCGAGUGGAAUCAAUUCAGAGGGUGUUAUCUGACCUGAAAGUUCAGCUCUAUGCAAAGUUUGGAAAUAACAUAAAUCUUGAGGCUGAGGACAGUUAAAGGUGUCCAAAAUAUACCGUACAACUUUUUCUUGUUUUAUUAAAUGUUUUGAUAACAUUGUUACAAUUACAUUUUAAAAAAAAUCCACCACUUUAUUUUCUUUUUUUUUUAACUUUCCUGUCCUGCGUUCCAUCUAUUUAAUGAGAGCUUUCUUAUUUUGGUUAUUGCAGUUAUUUAUUUGUUCAGGAAAGCAUUAGCUUUAUACUGUUGGUAAAACAUCAAAAUUGGAAUAUUUGCAUUGUUUAUUAAAGUAAUAAAGUCAGGCACGUAUUGUA